GGCGCGCUGUCAGGCUCCGUGGUGGCACAGUCGCUGGACCCAUUCGGGCAGGGCCCCUCGGGCUCCGCGGUCCAGAGGGUACUAUGGACGACAAGGAGCUAAUUGAAUACUUUAAGUCUCAAAUGAAAGAAGAUCCUGACAUGGCCUCAGCUGUGGCUGCCAUCCGGACUUUACUAGAGUUCUUAAAGAGAGACAAAGGGGAGACGAUCCAGGGCUUGAGAGCAAAUCUCACCAGUGCCAUAAAAACCUUGUGUGGCGUGGACUCCUCCGUGGCCGUGUCCUCGGGUGGGGAGCUCUUCCUGCGCUUCAUUAGCCUCACCUCUCUGGAAUAUUCUGAUUACUCCAAAUGUAAAAAGAUCAUGAUUGAGCGGGGAGAGCUUUUUUCUGGGAGAAUAUCGCAGUCGAGAAAGAAAAUUUCAGAUCUGUGCCAUACUUUCAUCAAAGAUGGGGCAAGAAUACUGACUCAUGCCAACUCCAGAGUGGUCCUGAGUGUCUUGGAAGCAGCCGUUGCAGCCAAGAAACGCUUCAGUGUGUACAUCACUGAGUCCCAGCCCGACUUGUCGGGGAGGGAAAUGGCCAAAGCCCUCUGCCACCUCAAUGUCCCUGUCACUGUGGUCCUGGAUGCUGCUGUCGGCUACAUCAUGGAGAGAGUGGAUCUGGUCAUAGUUGGUGCCGAGGGAGUGGUUGAAAAUGGAGGAAUUAUUAACAAGAUUGGAACCAACCAGAUGGCCGUGUGUGCUAAAGCACAGAACAAGCCUUUUUACGUGGUUGCAGAAAGUUUUAAGUUCGUACGGCUCUUUCCACUGAACCAGCAAGACGUCCCAGAUCAGUUUAAGUACAAGGCGGACACUCUGAGAUCUGCACAGACCGGACAGGACCUUAAGGAGGAGCACCCCUGGGUGGACUAUACCUCCCCUUCCUUAAUAACACUGCUCUUUACAGACCUGGGGGUGCUGACACCGUCAGCGGUCAGCGACGAGCUCAUCAAGCUGUAUCUAUGACCGCCAGGCCCCUUCUUACCGCACCCAGCUGUUGGGAGUUGGGCAGCAUGAGCAGCUUCUGGACCCUUCGGUGAACGAGGCCAAAGUUGAAUUGGUUUUUUUAGUCAAGAUUUAUGAGUGAGGACUUAAAAUCAUAAGCCUUGGAGAAUUUUUUGUUCACUUCAGUCCCAUCUUAGAUAUGUUCAUUAUUCCUCUAAAAUCCAACCUAAAUUGUGCUUACAGUUUCCAGAAACUUUCCAAGUUCGGGAUACAAAUUAGAUUAUUGGCUACUCCACUGAUGCAGAAAGACAGGCCCGAGUCCCCUCCCUUCAUCUUCCCUGCUCUCCACUAUUCUGAUGAAACCUGGAUGAGAGAAGCAGGCCUGAGAAGGCUGGUGUUCCUAGCUGCAGCCGGGCACCAUGCAAGGGCUAACUAGCCACUGCCUGGACAUAUUACAUACAGUGCCUUGUCAGAAAGGCAGGACUGGUUUCAGACCUCCAGGAGUGAAUGCAAGCCAGUGGCUUCCGUUCCCAACAGGUUCAAGACAGACAAAUGGGGGAGUGCCCAAGGGGACCCAAGGCAGCAGAAAUCCUGCAAGGCUCACCACUGAGAGGCCUUCCAGAACACCCACAAACUUAAAAAAAAAAAUGGAAUUUCCUUUAAUGUGUGGGUUGUGAACAGCUUUUUAAAACUGUACUUGGGAACAAGAUCAGCAUCUUUUCAAAUAAACUAUGUGAGAGAAUCUG